CAAGAAACGCAGGUAGUUUAUCUGAAGUGAAUGACGCAGUUGAUAAAAAACUCUGGAAUCAGGAUGCGUUUAGGAAAACACCUCCUUUCACCAGUUCUAGCAUGCAUCCUCGUUCACACCGAGCGCGUUUUUGUGUCCGUGUGCGCCCUCUUAACAUUGUUUUUCUAUGUAAACAUGCGCUAAACGGACAUCUUUGACCAUUGUCCAGCUGUUGCGCCUCGUUUUUAGACGAAAAAGAACGUCAACUUUUCAAAGCGCGUCUCGAGACACCCGCGUUCUGUCAGAUAGGCCUGCGUUGCACUGUGUCUAACUUUUUUUCUGCGCAGUCACGCGUUCGUUCUGAACAGCCCCUGUUAGGCAUCACGAAUAAAGAAAUGGAGGACUUUUACUAUGGAUGUUGCACUUGUUUCUUGUCUGAAGAGCAACGGAACGCCAUCGCCAUAAACAACGAAAUUAAACGCAUCCUAUUGGAACAGAAGAAACGAGAUCGCAAAGAGCUCAAAGUGCUUUUAUUAGGCACAGGGGAAAGUGGAAAGACCACGUUUAUGAAGCAGAUGAGGAUUAUUCAUGGAAAUGGAUUCUUGGAAGAAGAAAGACGUAACUUCACUAAAUUGGUUUUUCAGAAUAUCUUCACAGCUAUGAGGGCAAUGACAGAGGCUAUGACCACCCUAAAGAUUCCCUAUGGCAACCCACAAAAUGAGAUUUAUGCUCAGUGGUUCCACGGUCAGGAGAUACAUCAGAUAACGCAGUUACAAAGAGGCUACCUAGUGGCCAUUCGUAGUCUUUGGGCAGACCAAGGCUUCAAGAUCUGCUACAGACGGCGCACAGAGUAUCAACUACUGGACUCCACUAAGUACUUUAUUAGAAACUUGGACCGCAUUGCAGCUGAAGGCUACAUCCCUACAGCUCAAGAUGUGCUCCAUGUCCGAUUUCCCACUACUGGUAUCACAGACCAUUGCUUCAGUUUAGAAAAGAUCACUCUCAGGGUUGUAGAUGUUGGAGGACAGAGAGGACAGAGAAAAAAGUGGAUCCAUUGCUUUGAGAAUGUGACAUCGCUCAUAUUUUUAGCAUCUCUCAGCGAGUAUGACCAGCUUCUGGAGGAAAAUAACAAGGAUAACCGUAUGCAUGAGAGCUUGUCGCUGUUCUACACCACCAUCCACUCAAUGUGGUUUGCUAAUUCCUCUGUCAUCCUCUUCCUGAACAAAUUGGACAUACUGAAAGAAAAGAUUCAGAUCUCGGACCUAAAAACAUACUAUCCUGAGUUCAAAGGCAAGCGUCGGGACAUGCAAGACGCCAUGCUGUUCAUCAGAAAGUUAUAUCUACAGGAGGCGGUUUGUCGUGAAACAAAGAACUCCAAAAUCAUCUACCAUCACUUCACCUGUGCCACAGACACCAGCCACAUCCGGAAAGUCUUUAGCGAUGUGAAAGACACUGUCCUCAUUAAGUCAAUAGAGGAGUUCAUCUUCAACUGAGUAGCCCAAGAGGCCAUUCAGCUUCUGUCUGCUGUUCAUCUUUAUGCCAUUCCAUUCCAAAGCAGCCUUUUCAGCUAAUGAGCCUAUGAUUUUUUACACAUGCACCUGACUGUCAGAGCGCACAUGAAAAAAAGGCAAGUGCUUGCUGAAAUCACCAUUUCCAAUCUCAUUGACUGGCUUUACACAAUUACAGAAACCAAGUCAUGUUUACAGGGUAUCAGGUUCAUUCAAAGAGCUCUUUUCAGGAAGAAUUUAUUUUAGUAGCAAGUUAACUAGAUAUUCACAAUGUGAGACUAUUUUGUCCAUGCCAUUCUACUAUUGUGGUAUUAUCUUUUUCAGAUAGCCCCACCCCUAAAUGUCAUGUAAAAACAUAAUUGUGGUCAGUCGCUUUAAAUAUCUCUCAGGCAAACUCCUCCUGUCUAAGAAUAAGUUGCAGUGAGGCUUCAUGCUGCAAACAUGCUACAUGAAACUAAUGCUUUUCCCAAUCAAGCAUGCAAAAUGCUACUCCAGACAAUAGGAGGAAUAUACAUAUGUUGACUGGAGGUUAUAUAGUUUCUCUUGUUGAUCAGACAUGCCUUAGAAGAUGACUUUUGCACAUACUUUUCUGUUAGUGUUAUAAUAUUUUUACAUUCGAAUAAUGCUUUAUCAUUUUUUAUAAUAGAGUGUGCUUGAAUAAAAUAUAAUGUAAUUUGGUUAGAGUUUUUACUUUUAUUUUGCCUAAUAAUCUGUAUUUACAUGCUAAAUUUGGAUUAUAUUGCAAAGAUUUUAUAAAGCCUUUUUCAA